AUGGCCAAAGGUGACCAUGGAUUUUCCAUAGGAAUCGACCUUGGUACAACCUACUCCUGCGUUGCAGUGUGGCUGGACCAACAAAAUAGAGUGGAAAUAAUCCACAAUGACCAAGGCAACAGAACAACACCUUCUUUUGUUGCUUUUACAGAUGAUCAGAGGUUGAUUGGUGAUGCUGCUAAGAAUCAGGCUGCUGCAAAUCCAAACAACACUGUCUUUGAUGCUAAGAGGUUGAUUGGUAGGAAAUACAGUGAUCCCAUUAUUCAGAUAGACAAAAUGAUGUGGCCAUUCAAUGUUGUUGCUGAUAUCAAUGACAAACCUAUGAUCAUCAUUAAGUACAAAGGGCAAGAGAAGCUCCUUUCCGCUGAGGAAAUAUCAUCUAUGAUCCUCAUGAAAAUGAAGGAGAUUGCAGAAGCAUAUUUGGAAGCACAGGUAAAAGAUGUUGUUGUUACUGUGCCGGCUUAUUUCAAUGACUCUCAGCGAAAAGCCACCAUAGACGCUGCUUUAAUUGCUGGCCUCAAUGUUAUGCGGAUAAUCAAUGAACCUACUGCUGCAGCUAUUGCAUAUGGCAUUGACAAGAGAACUAACUGUGUUGGAGAGCGGAAUAUUUUCGUUUUUGACCUUGGUGGUGGUACUUUUGAUGUGUCUCUUCUCACAAUUAAGGAUAAGGUCUUCCAAGUUAAGGCCUCUGCUGGAAACACUCACCUAGGGGGAGAGGACUUUGACAACAGAAUGGUGAAUUACUUUGUAGAGGAGAUCAAAAGGAAGAACAAAGUGGACAUUAGUGGGAACUUAAGAGCGCUAAGGAGGUUGAGAACUGCAUGUGAAAGGGCAAAACGGACACUCUCCUUUGCCGUUAGUACCUGUGUUGAGGUUGAUGCUUUGUUCCAAGGCAUUGACUUAUGUUCUUCAAUCACACGUGCAAAGUUUGAAGAAAUUAAUAUGGAGCUCUUUGUGGAGUGCAUGGAGACUGUAGAUAGGUGUCUUAGUGAUGCUAAGAUGGAGAAGAGCAGUGUGCAUGAUGUUGUCCUUGUUGGUGGGUCUUCUAGGAUUCCCAAAGUGCAACAACUCUUGCAAGACUACUUCAAUGGGAAGGAUCUUUGCAAGAGUAUCAACCCUGAUGAGGCUGUUGCUUAUGGUGCAGCUGUGCAAGCUGCUUUGUUGAGUGAAGGAUUUAAGAAUGUUCCUGAUUUGGUUCUGUUGGAUGUUACACCUCUGUCACUUGGUAUAGCCGUAAAAGGAGAUCUCAUGAGUGUUGUGAUUCCUAGGAAUACUCCUAUUCCUGUACAGAAGAAACAAAUAUACGGAACAUUCAAAGAUGACCUAACUUCUGUUCAGAUAAAUGUGUAUGAGGGUGAGAGAACAAAAGCCAGUGAUAACAAUUUGCUUGGUUUUUUUAGUCUUUCCGGUUUUCCUCCUGCUCCUAAGUAUCAUCCUUUUGAUAUAUGCUUUGAUAUAGAUGUCAAUGGUAUUUUGUCAGUUUCUGCAGUGGAAACAGUCACUUGCUAUAAGAAUGAGAUUACCAUAAUCAAUGAUCAAGGAAGAUUGUCAGCAGAAGAAAUUAAACGAAUGAUACAAGAAGCUGAGACUUUCCAGGCUGAAGAUAAGAAGUUCCAUAGAAAAGCUAAUGCAAUGAAUGCUUUGGAUGCUUACGUUUACAAGAUGAAGAGUUUUUUAAAACAGGAAGAUAUCAAGUUAAAACUUUUGUCACAGGAAAGGGAGGAGAUUAGUUCUGCAAUUACGAAGGCCAUGAAUUUGCUUGAUGGUAAGAAUCUGCAUGAUGAUGGAGAUGUGUUUGAAGAUUAUCUGAAAGAGCUUGCUAACCUUUUUGAACCCAUCAUGGGCAAGUUUGGUUAA